AUGGUUGGAGUUCCAAGGAGCAAAGGAUGCCGAAUCUGCGUCCAACGUCGCGUCAAGUGUGACCAGACGCGCCCUAUUUGCAACAAUUGCUUGAAAGGCAAUCGACCAUGUCCGGGCUACGAUACAGAUCUGAGGAUCCACGAUGAAGGCUCCAAACUCCGCAAGCGAUUCGGUCAACAGGAUGCUCACGACAGCAAAACUGGUCUUGACAAAUCUACACCGUCGACUAGCAGCUCCCAUAGUCGAUCAACCGAAUCCUCCCCGGAAGAAUGCUCGGCUCUCGUGUCCUACCACCAUUCACCCACCGAUGACGACCAGCAGGGCCACCGUGGUGAGGUCCUCCUGCCUUCACGCAAUUCCUUCAUCGCUCUUCUAGAGAAUCAAAUCAAUCCGGACUUCGACCUCCUUAGCAUUAAGCCGCCAGCGUAUAGCACCGGAUCACUCAAUAGUGACCCAGCCACCCUGGACAUUGAUUUGGGAUUGGUGCUGAAUAGCAAUGUAUACUCUCCAUAUCUCGCGCAGGAGCAGCUCUUGAGUACCUUUUCUCACGCCUUCACGAACCCUACUGCCCCGGUCCUUCUUCCCCCACAAUUGCGAAAUCACACUCGCUGGCUCUCUCAGCUACCAGGCUUAUUCGGCACGAGACUCCUCGAUACGGCCGUUCGGGCCGUUUCACUUGUCCAUCUAGGUCGAAUCCAACAAACAGAGAUUCUCGUGCAGGAAUCGAGGCGGUACUACGGCAAGGCCCUCCACCUUCUUAGUCAGUCGCUGGCAGAUGAAAAGAAGGGCAUGGGCACGGAAACGUUGUCGGCCACCAUACUACUGUCCUUCUACGAGAUGCUGGCUUCUGACUCCAAUGACUCAUGGGUGCGUCAUGCCGGCGGCGCUGGAGCAUUGAUGCGUAUCCGUGGCCCGAAGCGACAUCUGCACGGGAUGGAUCGCGAUAUCUAUCUCGCUUUCCGCCACACGAUUGUGAUAGACGCAUUCCAAAAGGAUGAGGCUUGCUUUCUGGCACAACCAGACUGGAUCGAACUGGCACGACAAGUCCACCAAGAUCUUCGCUCUUCCGCCAUGUCCUCGGAACGGAUGGUGAUCUUUGAUCUAGCUGAAGAAUUCUACUGCGAAAACAUACAUAUUCCCGGCACUUUUCAGGACGUCAUGAGGCUUUCCGGUGCACGCCAGCUACUCUCGCCAGACCAGUACGCGCUACUGAAAGCAUCGGUCUUGGAACGUUGCAAACGGCACCGGGCCAAUCUCAAAUCCAUCAACAUGAAAUUUCGUGCCACCAUGGAGAGGCUCGGCCUGCACACGAUAACCCUGACGACCAAUGAUCCUGUUAUCCCUGUACAAUACGUCUACAUCAAUGUCUUUGUGGGGUCGACCCACGUGGGCUAUUGGACCAUUAUGCUCCUGCUGAAUCUUGCUCUGAAGGAUCUGGAAAAGGAUUCUGCGCCGGAAAUGAUAGGCCUGUAUCUAAUGGAGAAUCGCGAGAUGGCACGGGAAAUCUGCCGCUCUACACCAUUCAUGAUGGGCUCCUCCUUUCUUGGGCCCUUCUUCGUUAUCUUCGCCCUGAGGCUUUGCCUGGCGGUCUUCGAUCCUGGUGCCGAAAGAGGUUGGGUGGUUCAGAAACUGCUUCAGAUAGGCGACACUCGUAUGAGGAUGGCCUCCGACUUCUCCGAUGUGCAACAAAAUGCGAACACCAAGGCCUUGCAAGGUCCGACUCCGGAUAGAUGA